UGCGAAGCCGAAGAUGGCGACAGACUGAGAGGGGAUGGGGAAUGGGGAAAGCUGAACGGGGAGAAGCAAAUGCCGCUUUUCCCACCAGAAAAGAAAAGAAAAUGAGAAAAAUGUUAGUCAGGCAUGACGGCAUUUAGGUAAAAUCGCUAUUUUGUUAUGCGUUUGUAUUCCGCUUCUAGGUAUGAGAGGGUGCCUUUAGAAUUUCGCAACACGCUAAAAUGAUGGGUAUAGAGGUACGAUUACGUUGUUCUUUCCAUUGCGAUGGAUCUUUUGCUGAUCAUUAGAGGCUCUUGUUGAAGUUUGACUUUGACUUGGAAAAAAAAUCAGCCUGACAUAAUGUUGCACAUAAGGUAGGUGACAUUGUUUGUAUGAAAAAUUGGAGAGGAGGAAAAACAACUGGAAAACAUCUUUGUGUACCCCUAAAAUAUGAUCAGGGGUGCUUGGAUGUAUCGAAGGGAAGAUGAUGCCGUGUUGAAAAUCUGUUGUAUCCCCAAACAAAACGACAAACCUUGCGCCGAUUCCGAGAGGGCACAGAAAUGGCGAAUGUCUUUAGCAUCCUUAUUAUUUUUCACCGUCCUUCUCUCCGAUCACCUAUGGCUGUGUGCUGGAGUUAAGCUUAGGUCCAAGGAUAAGAACAGCCGCAAAAACUGGAACAACGCAACUGAUGGGGACCAUGCAGUGCAGAAAGAGGGAAACUGUGGUGUUCUCCUAAGCAGUUUGACCAAAUCCGCUGCUCCAAGUCCACAUUGCACUGACGCGCAAAACCACCAACAUCUGGAGUCAGCCUGCACCACGUUGCACUGGAAAAAAACGGGCGCCGGAUCAUCAUUUACAACUCCCAACAGAUCGUCAUUAUCACCCCAGUUACUAUUGACUUACUUUAGGAAUUUUAGUCUUUCUUUUUGUGGUUCAUAUACAAUUUCAGACCUGCUGGUGGGGAUGGCAAAUCCAGACGGUUUGAAUUGCAGUCUUCAGAACAUGAUUUGGGAUUUGGGUAGUGGAGGUGUGGAUGAGGAAGGUACUUGCAGCAGCUGUAUCCAGGCGUACAUGAGGCUGGACCACCACGCUCAGGAAAAAUAUGAGGAGUUUGAUUUCCUCUUCCUCAAAUAUUUAUCAGAGGAUUAUUCAGUCAGAUCACGUACAGAAGACUGUAAGAUGGCCUACAAAGCCUGGUUAUGUUCAGAAUAUUUCAGUGCCACCCAGAGCCAGUGCUACCACAGGAUUCCCUGCCAGCAAUAUUGCCUGGAGGUCCAAGCCAGCUGCCCCUUUGUGCUGCCUGACAAUGGGCAUCUGGUUUAUGGGGGAUUAUCCAGUUUCAUCUGUACAGGGCUACUAGCAAAGCAGGUAGGCAGCGUAGGGCCGGAGUGCUGCGACGUGCGGUGGAGCGACUACCGCUCGGCGAUGCAGGCGGCCUGCGGCGGCUCCUUGGCACCCAGACGCACCUCUCAGCCAGCAUCAGCAGCUGCGCGGCUCCACGGCAACCGCGUCAGGCUGUGCGUGCUGGUGCUCAUCCUGCUGCACACCGUCGUCACCUUUUCUACCGUCACCAACCACAGUGGCGUCAGCUUGGAGGCCUUGGCUUCCAUGGAGGACAACUCAGCCCGAGAGGAGUGACUGUCACCUAGUGCCAUUUAAGAAAAGUCAGUGUCUGUCAAUGGUGCGGCACAAAUUAAGGGCCUGAGGGAUGUGGCAGCUGCUUGGCAGGGAGGCAGGGGGUGGAAGAUUCCCCAGUGUUCUCCAAAAAAAUUAAGGAAUGGUUGGUGUUCAGGAUGUUUGAGUACAAGUGGCCUUAGUUCAAUCCUUCAGAAAACUAGAGAGGUUAUACUGAAAUAAAAAUCUCCUGAAAAAAUGUUUGAGAUGUUACUGAUAAUUUACUGUCAACUUCCCCAGCUUAAAUCAUUUUUGUUAUACCAUCUUAUUACCAGUAAAGAUCUCCAGUAAACACACAGUAUUGUUUUUUUUUUUUUUUUGAGUACAGGGUACAGGAAACCAUGGAUGGGAUACCAGCCCCUCAAAGGGCAUGCAGAGGGGUAUCAGAGGGAAGUCCAUAUGCAGAAGCCUGUGGGUGUGAGGCCACAGUACUGCACUCCGAACCUACUCUCCUGCCGCGAAACACUUUAGCUGUUCAAAUAUGCAUUCAAAGUCUCCCUCUUGAAUUAAAAUUAAGUGAUUAAUUGAUGCCGCAGCGCACAACAACAAAAUGUGUUCUCUGCAUUUAACCCAUAUGUGACAUAACAGUGGGCAGCUAAUUCUGCACCUGGGGAGCAGUGCUUGGGGGGGGGGUGGUACCUUGCUCUGGGCACCUUAGUGGUGCCUUGCUGGUUGGGGAUUUGAACCUGCAAUCAAUAACCUUUCAAUCACGAGUGUGCUUCCCUAACUGUUAAGCCACCACUGCCCACAAAGAGGCAUCCAGGCAAACCCCUAGAAUUCCCUGACCGGGAAUUGAACCCGGGCCGUGGUGGUAAGAGCGCCAAAUCCUGACCACUAGACCACCAGGGAUCCCCCUGACUGCAUGUCACAAUGUUUUUCAUAAUUAAUUGAAUUUCUAAUAAGAAAACUAGAUAGGAACAAACAUGCCAACAAACCUAAAAAGGAUAUAUGUUAGAAAAGAACAUUCUUUAAUUAAUAAAAUUACUUAUCUUUUGGCUUAUGGCACUCAAAAUGAUGUAUUUCACCAAAACUGGUGUUCUGUUCUGCCAAUAUGUGAUAUAGAGGAUCUCUUUUAGCAUUUUCCCAUAUUAAGAAGGAUUUGCAAGGCCUAACCUAUCAUUGAAGGAGAAGGAUUUGCAAACCCUCACCGGUAGUUUGUAAUUAAUCAGUCCUUAAUUUUAAAACAGGCUAAUUUCUUGGGCUUAUUAUGUAAUAUUAAAUGUUUGAUUUAUGCACUCACUGUUCAAGUAAAAAUCAUAUUAUUGUGAUAUGUAAUAUAAAUGAAAAAGAAAAAUGCCAAUAUUUUCAACAUGACAGGCGCCUUUUUGCAACGAUAUACUGAGACGUUUAUACAUUAUAAUAAAUUAAUGUGUUGAUGCAUAUAAUUCAUGCUGAGUUAUAGAAGGGUUUUGUAAGACCAAAAAGGCCACUUCUACUCUUUUUUUCCCUAAACGCCAUAAAUGGAUGUUUUCCCCCUAAUGGAAUAGUGGACCCUCUUUAUUAUUAUUCACCUAUUGUGGUGAAAGCAUGAUGCUGACCUAAGACAUCGUCCGCUAAGCCUGUAUUCUUUAGGGGAACACACCUUAUGCCGUUUUAUACACUGUGCUUUAGGGUGUAGGACUUUUGCACUAGUUCUAAGAAUGUUUAUUUUCUCAAAUGGUUUGAAAACUGCUAUUUCAUUCAGUUUUAUGUGUUCCGAGUCUUUGUAUCUGUGUCUGUUUUCUGUUGUGUUUGAGCAGAACAGACUCUGCUCAAUGUUUAACCUCAAUAAAGAAAAACAAGGUUCCAUUCUAUACUUACAGCCUCCUGUUUUCUGAGAGGGAAAGGUUAAGAAAAUGAAUAUAGCAUUAUGUUCUACUAUUUAUACGUUUUAGUAUUUUACCUGUUUAUACAAAUAUUAAAGGGAAAUGCUCUGAAAGUAUUUUGAUUUAGAAAUAAAAGUAGAAUGAGAAUGAUUGAGCCCUAGUUCUGUUCUAUUCUCCUUGUUUGCCUUGUUGGACAUCCCACUCUACAUAUUUCCCUGUGGUAAACAUUUCCGGUGAU